UAUAUAUAGAUAUGUGAGCUGAAAUAUUAACAUAUCUAUACGUUUGUUUUAGUAUUUAGUAGUUUGGAACGUUACAAAUCCGUGAUAUUGUCAUCUGCGCAAUCUGUUAUAGAAAAUGGAUCGAGUUCUCGUAGUUAUUCUGCUGGCACUGACAAUUAUCCAAACGGUAAAUGCAUACGAAUGCACGGGCAAAAACAUCUAUGAUCCUUGUGGGACUGAAAACGAAGGUAUUUGUGUGUGUUCAAACCGUAAUGCAAUCACUGAUAACAAUGCUGGGGAAAAUCCCUGCAUGAAGUUAGUCUGCAGAAUACACGUGUGCUUCACUAUCUCAGGUAGAGAUGCAAUUCCUAAAAAGGGUGAAAAUGGGCAAUUUCUUUAUUGCAACAAUCAUGCAGAUUGUGGAAGAAAUUUCAUGUGCAUGACAAGUAAUUAUUGUUGUCCUAUACCAAAGGGCAAGCAUUCUGGUUUACUGACGGAUGGUCCGUAUGGAAAAUGAUUCAAACCUGGCAACUCUUACUUUGAUCUGACAGCUCUUACUUGAAAUCAUCAAUGUAUUGACUUGUAACGAAUAAAUUAAUUAAUAAAAACAUAUCGACUUUUUU